AUGACAGAAAAUUCUCUCUGUACUGAAACAGAAAAUCUUGACAACAAUGAUCCAAAUCGGUCUACUAAGAAGGUGAAGUUCCGUCUGGAGGAUGGUAAUAGCAGAUUGAAUGAGGAUGCAGACAUGGAUAUUGAAAUCAUUGACAGAGAACCUAUCAAAGAUAACCAACCUAGUGAGAAGACGUCAUUCAAGGAUAAACUCCUUAAUAAGGAGCGAAUUCCUACAAAUGAAUGCGAUGAAGAGGAGGCUGGAAUUAGUCUUUCAGAUGCCGAUUUUGAGAUUGGUAAUGAUAAAGGCGUACCCGUGAUCAACUUCUCUGAUAGAGUCCAUAAUUUAAUUGCCCAAAACAUGAAGUUUUGUAUAAUCAUCAGGUUGCUUGGGAAAACUAUCGGGUAUAGAACGCUUUUCAGUCGAAUCAUCAAACUAUGGAACCCAAAAGAUUACCCAAGCCUUGUUGAUCUGGACAAUAACUUCUUCCUUGUCAGGUUUUAUUCUAUGGAUGAUUACAUCAAGGUUUUAUCUGGUGGCCCUUGGGUUCUCUUUGGCCAUUACCUUACCAUUCAACCUUGGAAUCCCGCCUUCUCGUCAGACAACACUGCUGCUACUUUAGUUACUGCCAGGGUUCGUUUUCCAGGGCUCCCAAUCCAAUACUAUCAUAAUCAUGUGCUUAAUGCCAUUGCCAAUACAAUUGGGAAGGUUAUCAAAAUUGAUUAUAAUACGGAAGCUAAGGAGCGAGGAAAAUUUGCUAGGCUCGCUAUCAAUUUAGAUCUUACUAAACCUCUAAUUUCUAGUAUCUUGAUCGAUGGUCGGCUUCAGAGAGUUGAGUAUGAAGGCCUGCCCAUUAUUUGUUUCGAUUGUGGGAGGUACGGUCAUCGGGAAAACCAUUGUCAAUUCAAAAAAGUUGACGUUAACAGUCCUCAGCAAGUUCGUCAAGUGAUUGAUAAUAAUGACCAAAUUCCGGCAACGACGGCGGAAGAAUCACGAUUUGGCCCUUGGAUGCAGGUGACGAACCAAAGAAGGAAACCUGGUUUCAAAGGCAAUAACCAAGCAAUCAGCGACAAAAUAUCUUCCGGGUCCCGAUAUGAUUCUAUAGCUAAUUUGGAAGAAGAAAAUCAUGGUCAAGAUUCCACUAACGGUAAGAAGGAAAAUUCCUUUUCGACUUUAAUCAAGGCAACCACAACUGAUUACAUUGAGAAUGCCAGCAAGGCCCAAGAGAUAAGAAAUAACGGUAAGAUCAACAAAAAGCCCAAUAAUUCUAGCGGCACGCAAAACAUCCGUCCCAUGCAUAACCAUGCACAAGUUCCUCAGGAUAAAUCGAGUAUUCCUCCCAGAAGUUUCCAUGACAAGGGUCACGAAGCCGAGGCUUCUACUAGCGCUAAAUUACCUGUCAACCGCUGCUCUACCUCAUUAGACCCAAAAAAUCAUAUUGUUUUCUCUAUUGCUUCUUCACAAGAGAAUAAUAAUCAUCUUUCCAAAUUAAAAAAUCUCUCUUUGAGAGAUAAAUUUAGCCCGAAAGGUCCGGAUAAACCUCAAAGUAAGUGGAGCAUUAAAAUUAAUAAGAACUCUAAAGGAAGUGUGAAGGCCAGGAAAAAAAGAGAGGCAUGUUUGCCUCAAAACUCUACUAUCGAAGAGCUGAUUUUGGAGAUGGGUGUUCAGUCAGAUGACCACGCCCCCACUUCCGCUGACUUUGUGAGCCAUGAGCAGCCAGCCAGGAGUCUCUCCUUGGAGGACUCAAGCAUUCUCGGGGCUGCGAGUAGCAACUUUAUUCGCACCCUUAAGUCUUUUCAAGAUUGUUAUAAUCCCUCUCUACUUGUUAUAGUUGAACCCAGAAUUGCAGGUAUAAAAGCUGAUAAAGUUAUUAAGCAAUCGCGCUUUGAAUUCUCGCAUCGAGUCGAAGCUCGUGGUUUCUCUGGUGGCAUUUGGAUCCUUUGGAAUUCAAAUGUUCAUGUGAAUGUGGUUCUUAAUCAUCGGCAAUUCAUCCACUCCUUCAUUACCCUGGGUGAUAAAAAUGAGACUUUAUGGUUUACGGCCGUGUAUGGCAGCCCUCAAUCCUCUACUCGUCGUGAUCUUUGGCGAGAUCUUUCCUUGCUUGACAUUGGAAAUAAUGAUCCCUGGCUCCUGGCUGGCGACUUUAAUGCAAUCUUGAGUUCUAAUGAUCGGAGAGGUGGAUCUUGUCGAAGGAAGUCUGGUUGCCCACUCUUUAAUGAUUUUGUGGACUCUAAUGCUCUUACUCAACUUGAUUUUAGGGGGCCUGCUUAUACUUGGAGACGGGGAAAUUUAUUUCAGCGUCUUGACAGGGGUUUAUGCAACAACAAUUGGUGUAAUAUUUUCCCUAACGCCAUCACACACCACCUUCCUAGAAUUCACUCCGACCAUCGGCCAAUUCUCAUUAAGCUGAACUCUAUCCAGCAGGUUACGACGGUUACUAAGCCUUUUCGCUUUCUGUCUUCUUGGAUAACCCAUCAAGAUUUCGAAAAGGUGGUUACUAAAGGUUGGCAACAUCAGCGGCCCCUCACAGAGAAUAUCAAUUUGGUUACUAAUGAGAUUAGUGAGUGGAACGUCAAUGUUUUUGGUAAUAUUUUCAAGCAAAAGAAGCAAUUAAUGGGGAGACUUAACGGGAUUCAAAAAGUGCUAGAGACCCGGAAUUGUAGCUAUCUUUCCAAUCUAGAAACUCACCUUCAAGCUGAGCUCAAUGAGAUUCUCUUGCGGGAGGAGUCGUUUUGGUUGCAGAAAUCUCGGUGCGAGUGGAUUAUGUUUGGCGACAGAAACACUUCGUACUUUCAUGCUAAAACCAUAGCGAGAAGGAAGAAGAACCGUAUCUGUAUGCUUAAAAAGCUGGAUGGCAGUUGGUGUGACGAUGAUGUUUACCUGCAGAAUAUGGCUGUCUCAUUCUUCACUGAGUUGUAUACUGAAGAUGAUAUUGCUAGACCGAUUUACAAUACCCGUGGAUAUUUCCCUGCUCUUAGUGAUUUUAUGCUUAAUUCCCUCAACAUGGGUAUCACUCAUGGGGAAAUCCAUCAAGCUCUUUUCCAGAUGAAGCCUUGGAAAGCUCCUGGCAUUGACGGACUCCCGGCUGGCUUUUAUCAAAACGAUUGGGCUGUUGUGGGAAAUUCGGUGUGUUACUUCAUUCAACAAACUUUCAGAUAUGGAGUUAUGGAUACAGAGUUGAAUAAAACCUUGAUUACGCUUAUUCCCAAGUCCAGUAAACCAGAGACAAUCAAGGAUUUUAGACCCAUUAGCUUAUGCACGGUUAUGUACAAAUUGGUUACUAAAAUUAUUACUAACCGGCUCAAAUCUAUUAUGCCUCGUAUUAUUAACCCGACUCAAGUGAGCUUUAUUGCAGGUCGCAACAUCACAGAUAACAUUAUUAUCGCGCAGGAAGUUAUUCAUUCCAUGCGGAUCAAAAAAGGAAAAGAGGGUUGGUUUGCAAUAAAAGUUGACCUCGAAAAAGCUUAUGAUCGUUUAAAUUGGAAUUUUAUAGAAGAUACCCUCUUGGAUGUUGGCAUUCCUGCUCACAUUAUCAGGGUCAUAAUGCACUGCAUUUCAUCAUCUCAGAUGAACCUUCUUUGGAAUGGAUCGGCUUCCCAGGAAUUUAAACCUUCUAGAGGGAUCCGUCAGGGGGAUCCUCUCUCCCCUUAUAUUUUUGUUUUAUGUAUGGAGCGUCUCUCCCAUCGGAUUUGCCUAGCAAUUCAAAACAGGGAGUGGAGCCCUAUUAAGCUUAAUAGAAAUGGUCCUGAUUUUUCCCAUUUGUUUUUUGCAGAUGAUUUGGUCCUUUUUGGCAAAGCUAGUGAAGAGCAAGGGCUUGCUAUCAAAUCCAUCCUUGAGGAAUUUUCGAAUAGCUCAGGGCUCAGGGUCAGCUUAAACAAAACAAAAAUCUUUUUUUCUUCUAAUGUGCAGGUUCAAAAGGCGGAGAGCAUUGCCAAUGUCAUGGGCUUUCAGAGAACUCAAGAUUUAGGCAUUUAUCUUGGUGUCCCCUUGUUGCACUCUCGGGUUACUAAAGAUACAUACCUAUACAUCUUAGAGAAAAUUAAGAAGAAGUUAUCCGGAUGGAAUGCUAGUCUUCUUUCGAUGGCAGGCAGACUUACUUUAGCUAAGUCCGUUCUAAUGGCUAUUCCAGGAUAUACCAUGCAAACUACCGCUCUCCCGAAAGGAUUAUGCGAUCAGAUUAAUCGCUUAGUUCGGAAUUUUGUGUGGGGUAACCAAAACGGCUCCUAUAAGCCUUCUCUAGUCAAGUGGAGCGAUAUGUGUACUCCCUGUCGCAAUGGUGGCAGCGGCAUUCAAGAUUUGAAAAGACAAAAUAAUGCUUUCUUAAUGAAGAUUGGGUACUUGGUUAUUACAAAUCCGGAGUUGCUCUGGGUUCAAGUGAUUAGAAGUAAAUAUGGAUGGCACAAUAAUGGAAAUUCUUACAAAAUCUCUGGCCCUUGCUCUAUUCUCUGGAGAAACCUGUUUCAUCUGUGGAGUACCAUUUCCUUUGGUAUUCAUUGGUCUCUUGGAGACGGCAGUGAUAUCAACUUCUGGAAUGAUAGUUGGCUUGGUGACCUCGGUCCUUUAAAGCUCCUAGCCUUUUCCCCGCUUAAUGAGAAUGAUUUAUCAAAGAAAGUGAAGGAUGUUGUGUCUAUUAAUUCGUGGAAUUGGGACUAUAUAUCUCAGUUGGUCCCAUAUUCUGUUCUUCUUCACCUAGCGGCAAUUAAGCCUCCAGCUCAGCAUGAGGGAACAGACCAACCGUACUGGGGAUUAACUAGUUCAGGUUUGUUCAGUGUUAAAUCUGCAUAUAUUGUGCAGGAUAAUGACAUUUGGGAAGAGGAUAAUAGCAAAUGGAGGGCAGUUUGGAAUUGGCCUGGUGCUCAAAGAGUCCGUACCAUGUUGUGGCUCGCUGCUAAGAACAGAUUGAUGACUAACUCGGAACGUGGUAGAAGACACAUGACUGAUGAAACAUCUUGCAUGAUCUGCGGGUAUCAUACAGAAGACAGAGAUCAUGUCCUCCGCCAUUGCAUUUUUGCGAGGGAAGUUUGGAGAAAAUUAAUUCCUCCCGUUCUAUUUAAUAGAUUCUUUACUGCUGAUUUUGAUGUUUGGUUUUUUGACAAUUUACAGAGUAAUCUUUCGACGGAGACAAGCAAUUGGAUUACCACUUUUGGAAUCACUUGUUGGAAUUUGUGGACCCAUCGGAACAAUUUGGUGUUCAAGAACGAUAGAAGGAGCUCAGACGCGAUUGUUAUGAUGAUUAAUCAAAUGGUGAACUUCACCAUCAAAGCUCAGCAGUUUGCCAUGUUAUCUAAUCCAGGUUUAGGUCCAAAAGUUGAGCAUUUAAUUGGUUGGGAUCCUCCUCCUCCCAACUGGCUAAAACUUAACUCUGACGGUGCUGUACGGGGUCCUACAAACAGGGCUGCUUCUGGAGGAGUUGCUCGUAAUAGCAGCGGUGAAUGGAUGUUCGGUUACAGCAGAUUGAUAGGGCGGUGUUCAGUGCUUCAAGCUGAAUUAUGGGGUGCUUUAGAUGGUCUUAAUCUUGCUUGGAGUAGAGGUCACAAACAAGUUAUCCUUGAAAUGGAUAGCAAACUUGCUGUUGAUGCUAUCACCAAUGAAGAUUUAACUAUCAAUGCCAAUACAAAUCUGUUAUGGGCUAUUAGAGAUCUUUUGAAACGUAAUUGGCAUAUUCAAGUUUGUCACAUUUAUCGUGAAGGCAACCGUUGCGCGGACAGGCUGGCUAACAUUGGUUUUUCUCAUCCUCUUGGUUUGGCUCUCCAUGAAAAUCAAGUUGAUGAUGUUUCAAGCAUUCUUGUAGAUGAUAUUGCUGGUGUUUCACUGCCUCGUAUGCAUAGGAAUAUCUAG